AUGUAGUCAAGAAUCGCUAUCCAAACACGGUAAAAUAUCCGGAGAAAAAAGACCUUCAGCCUCAAGAAACGACAAAAUUCCACUUGGAGGAGAAACAUUUAACUCAAAAGUCUUAAUGACAAAUAUUCCUGCAUCUCCUUUUUUUGCCUUUCCUGAAAGGCCUAAAGCAAGCAAGUGAAGCAGAGAGAGUGGAAGCCCGCUUUUUCCUUUAAGAGUUAUAAGGAAGACCAAAGGCUAACUUUCAUUGGUUCUAUAUUACCCCAUUCCCCAAGCAUAGAAUCAAAGCAAACCAGCCAAAACCCUUGUUUUCUUCUUCAAAUACACAACACCACAAUACCAUUCUCAUAAACAAGAAAAACCCAGGAAAAAAACUUUUUCGUAACGCAGAAUGCAGAGAAGAGACGAAGAUACCAGUGGAUACCUGAGGCCUCCUGGGAUAUGUCGCCGGCUGUUUAGUCUGGUGGUGGCUAAAAUCAUGGCCAACCGCUUUAGGAGAGAGACAUUGGGGCAAGGCGAGGAGGAGGUGCUCGUAUCGAAUGAGGUGAAAGAAGAUGGUUCUGCCAGGAAUAAACUGAGCAAGAAGGAAUCAAGGUCUGAUAUCAUAAUUCAUUUCAAGCAAAAAGAAGACUCAGAGGAAAAUGGUAAGCCGGCAAACAAGCUCGGCUCUUCCCGCCAUGAAGCAGAAAAAGAGACGCCGAUCAAGCUGGUUAAUGGCAACGGACGAAAGAAGACAGUUAGCAUAAAUGAGAAAGGAAAAGCCAUAGUUAGUGAGCCUAGCCCAAUGCAACCGGUGGCUCUACCUGCAAACGGGAAAUCAAAGCCUCAGAAGCACCAUAGGCCGCUUCUAAAUGUGGUUUCAAAUAUUAAUGAGAAAUCAGAUGCUUUUAUCCGUAGUAGAAAGGAGAAAAUGAGAAAAAGCCUAGAACCAAAGACAUGAACAUUCUUCUUUGUCUUCUUCUCUCACUCUCCUCUCUGUAUUGCAACAUGCGGUAGGGGAAGAACCUGGUAAGGCAAAGCCCUCUCUUGCAAAGAAAUAAGUGUUCUCUAUCUCAUAUGGCUAGAGAAUUUAAUUGAUUCAGACACUAAAUCUUCACAUGUUAUUCUGAAAUUCUUAUAUAUUGUUUUUCUUUAUUAGCUGCAUUCUUGAUAAAUGAUGUC